AUGGCAAAAUCACCCAAGAGGAAGAACUCUGAGUCGGAUAAUGGGGUAUCAAAUAAACGUUCCAAAUCUUUUGAGUUUGGAAAAAUAGAGAAUGGGCUGGAACCCAGUGGCUCUGAUUUUGGUGGCGACUUACCUACGCCAUUUGAUACGAUGGUCACCGAACAGCCUUUGGCUCUUCCAAAAGCGUCGUCUCCUAGUAUGAAUUUGGGGUCACCACGUAACACACCAUCCUCGACAACAACGGGUGCCAAGACGGAAAAGACAAGCACCACGACAAAAGAGCAUGGGAAGAAGGGUGGUAACGACGGGACCGGUAAACCACAACAAAGUGAUCCUGAUAAGUUAAGUGACGCACUUCUAUCGGCAGGUGUGGAUAUCAGAGAGGAAGAAGCAUUGCUAAGUAGUACAGUAGCGAGGACAAAGGCAGCGGGGUCGGUGGCUAGUAAUCAACUACCACCACAUCCACCUUUCUUACAUCCUAAAAAUGUUGCAGAUUUUAUGAAAAGAGUUGCACUGGAACAAAACUUCAACCAAGACUUUAAUAAAAACGCAGAUAUACUGGGGUUGAUGUCUACGGCAUGCGAGCUCUACAUGAGAGAUAUUAUCACAAAUUCAUUGAUACUUUCAAUACAUAGACGGAAAGGUAUCAAACUAAAUACUGGAAGAAGAAGCGAGGUAAGUCGUUCUCUAAGGGAUUUAGCAUUACGUCAAAAGGCACAUGAAGAGAGAAGAGUCCAAAGGAGAAUUGCCCUUGGUUUAGAAAAACAAAAAGCAGACACCAGAUUAGAUAGUGAAGAAACUCAGCAUAGAGCAUCGAAUGCAACGGCAAACUUAAUGAUAGCUGGUGGUAGCAAAAAAAAAUACAGUUGGUUAACUGCAGGUUCCAAAUCAAGUUCCACUGACUUGAAGAAUCAAGGAAAUGUAUCUUCUGCAGUAGCAGCGAGAGGCGAGAUGGGUAUCAAAUACAGGGAAGCAAGAGAAGAGCCAGGAAUUGUAAUGAGAGAUCUUCUUUUGGCCCUCGAGAAUAGACGAGUAGGUGUUAAUAACGUAAUAGCAAAGGGUUAUGCAAGGAUUAGAGAUUGA